AUGGCUAUUUUUAUGGGAUGUUGCGAUCUUGGUCCACAUACAGUUUGUUUGAAACACUUUAGCAUGUCCAAGGCCAAUAUUGGAGGGUAAUUUAGUUAUAGUUUUGGUUUACUAAAAGAAUUCUCCGAUGAUACUUGUUGAGGCAUAUAGCCCUUGAUUAUUCAUGAAUUUCAGCAUUUGUAGUUGUCAUUUUGAAUUCACAGUAACUUCUAGUUAUAAAAGGCAUUCAAAACAUUAAGGUUAUCUCAAUACGGUUAACCUCUAUUCAAAAAUUAAAUUCCCUGGUAUAGUGAGUGAAUCCCUUCAUCCCAGCAUUUAUAGCUUAACAAGUAUGUUUUCUAUAAAAGACUCACUUUUAUAUAGACCUCAUUUUAGCAAUAAUAUUUUGUAAAUUAAGCCUUGCCUUUUGUAAAAGGGGAAGUUCCACUGCAUGGAAAAGGAAGCAAAAAGCUUUUUUUGGACAAACAUGGUGUUUAAUGCCCCUGUCUAUAAAAUGUUGGCAAUUAUCCUUGUCUUGUUUUCCUAGAGAGCACAUAUUAUUUUCCCAUAACAAUGUACCACAGUCUUCCUUUACUGUAGGUGUGUCAAUGUUGUAGGGGCACUGUCAUAAAAGACUGAAAACCUGUCAAGUAAAAUACUUGAGUUUGAAAUCUAUAAAACUGUUAAGUACGACUUCAGGGGAGAUAUCCCCCACAACUAACAGAAUAAUUAUUAAUCUUCUUUUUCUAGUUUCAAAGGCAUCCGUGAUGACUUAGAGUUCCUUCGUAAAGAGGAUUUAUCGUCUAUUAAUCUCUGCGCCCUUCACUGCGAACUUAGAAAUACCGAAGAGUUGUUGUCAUCAUUGGGUUUGUUUUUGUACAAAGUGGGUUCACUUGAUGAAUGUAAUGCCGAAUUGGCAAAUUAUGGCCCUGAGAAUUUUAGCAGCAGAAUAACAGUGAAGAUGAAGGAGGGCCAAGAAAUUGCUGUUGAAAAGCACAACAUUCAGGUGUCUUCAUUUUCAGGUACCUUCCAUAUUGUUUCAUUAUUUUUUAUCAUGAUUGCUUUCAUUCCCUUUAUCCGCUUCAGGGCUUUUACUUUUGUGCUGUAGCAGCUGCUUGAGUUUCAUUUGUACAAUACCUUGAUCCUUAAUAUGAAAACUGUAACACUGGUUUGUAAUGAAGAUGUCAUUAAGUUGUGAAUUUAAAUCCUGUUUGUUUCUUUCUGUACUAUUUUUCCUGAAGGUUCUACUGAACAUGAGUUCCUCACAAACAUUGAAACGAUUGUCAGGAACUCCUUGCUUCAUGACAAAUUGAAGUCAUAUUUUGCUGAUCCAGAAAGUGCUAAAGAGGCACUCCUGAAUAAGGUCACAAUAUUUUGUAAUGAUAGAAUCAAGGUAUGGCUCAGGAUAUCACAUGAUUUGAAUGCUUCACUUAAACCAGUGCAACACACAAUAGUAUUUUUUGUGUAGUAUGUAGAAACAUACACUGAAAAAAAUGGUUUCUGUUUAAAUAUUUAAUGAAUUUUUAAAAAUUUGUUUUAGUACUAUCAGGACAUGGCUAUUUCAGACACAUUUACCAGAGACUUUGGUUCAAUUAAAUCAAAGGAGGAGACUAUUACCCUCACAGGUUCAGGUACAUGUUACAGUCAUUAUACUGUUAUUUAAAACCUUUCCUUCCCUUUGACUGUGAUAAACUAGACAGUUUGAAUUAAUGACUGCAUUUAUAUCCAUCUACACUGGAAGUUGUGAUAGGCUAGCUAGCACUGUUAGUAUUAAUAUAACCCCAUGACGUGACCAUUGUGUAUCAAGGGUACAUCAUUAUUGCAUCAGAUUACUACAUCCCAACUGAGUGAAUGUUCCUUAGCAUGUACAGCACACCCAGUGGUUUGUGUUCUUGCAUAAUAGUCCUCCCUUAAAAAGAAUACCCCUUACACUUUGUGAUGUGACUACCUAACCUGUUUUCCUUAGAAGCUGUAAAAGAAGUUGAGAGAAGACUGGAAUUCUGGCAGGGCAGACUAUGUAAAUCGAGGAAAGAUAUGUGGAGCUGUCAGAGAAGUGUGUUGGUGGGUCGGUUGCUAAAGGGAAACGAGGAAAAAAAGGCAGAAGGUGGACAAUGCUGAUCUUUCUCAACUAUCUGAUUAUGCAGCAGCAGCUAGUGUUUUACCAAUUUUUGUUAUUAAAAGGUAAUUAAAUAAUCAAGUCUUUUUUUACUUAAUUGGAAGACAUGUUGAACAGUUUUAUGAGAAAUAAGAUAUCGGGCAAAAUCCAGACACGUUAAGUUAAAACUAGUCAAGCUGAUUUAAUUGCUUUUUUGAACAAAAUUCUCAACUUUAACAAGUGGUAGUUACAAAACACAGGUCACAAGGUAAGGUCACUGCAUACUCUUAUAAAGAAAAACUGAGAUAGGCAUGCAGUUUCCCCUUAACUUAAUACACCUCAUUUCAGAUUGUAAUUUGGGCUUUUCAUAUAAUUAUUCACUUUGAUUUCAGGUUGACACUGACUGGAAAGACAUUUCUGAAGUUAUUAGAAGUAGUGUCUUCGAGGAAGAUUAGCAAGAUUUAAUUGACAUUUUUGACAUACAGGUAUGUGUCAGGUAAUUCACUUUUAGUAAGAGUGUAAAUACGUACCCUUUGAAAAUGAAGUCCUCUUAAUGGAAAAUAUGCAUAAUGUCUAAAACUAUUACAACAAUAAAUUUAGACAAGAAGGUUAAUACAGCUGUAGUGGAGUUUCUUGUAAAUCUUUCAGCAGAGACUGACCAGCAAUUAAAAGCCAUUGCAUGACGAGAAAUUCAAAAAUAAUUUCCAACCACUUUAACUGACAUUCAAAAACUCAUUAAUAGUCCAUAAAGAAAAAACAAAAGAAAGAAAUGCUUAAUGAGUGUCUACCUGAUAAAGGCACGGCUAAACUUUACAUCCAAUUUUUUAGAUUUAAAAAAGACCAGAUCUAAAUAUUAAUACAAGAUCUAUAUCAGAUAUUUUGUAGCCCUUCAAAAAAUUUACAGUCAUUUAUAAUCAGAACCUGGAUAUACACUCAUGCUGGUCUUUUAAACAAUACUUAAAGUUUGAUUAUAGAAUGAGGCACAUACAUUAUUCUUUUAGAAGUAAAAUGUUUUUCCCUUCUAAAAUGUUUAAGAUAUUCACAAAGUACAGGUCACAUUCCCCAGGUAAUAAGUACAUGUCACUGCUCCAUGGAUGAAUUGCCAAACCACACAGAUUCCCCUCUAUCUAAUAGAGCAUUUUGUUAAGAGUUUAGGGCUUGCAAAUACUUUUAAUGCUAAAAUUGUGAAAGGUUUCAACCCAGGAGUAUAAUACCAUCAACUGACGUGAUACAAUUCACUUUGACUCUGAAGAUGACUACCGCACAGGUUGUCGAAACGUCAGUCACUGUCAACAACAACAGUCCUAUUCAGGACUAUGUUCACCUGGAUGAUCAAACUCAACCUACUUUUAAAUUCAUUUGUCUGUAUCAUGGUGAACUAGCUGUACUCUGACAGUGUGGAAAAGUUACCUGUAUUUUAGACCCACCGUCAGUUACUGCACAGUCUUCAAUGUUGAUUUUGACAACUGUUUAACAUCUAUGGAAAUAUGCCUCUUUUUUCUUUUAGUGCAAAGAAUGGGAAUUCCUUUUAAGGGAAGUGUUUGGCUGCAACCUGGGCACUGGUGAUUAUGGCCACAUCACCACUGAACAUGCCAGCAUGCUGUUUAGAAACCACCUCGAGCUUGAGGGAGUAUUCAAAUCAAGGCUUUGAGGCAGCACACUCAUCACAGUGUCAGUUAUAUUCAAAGGCUACUUCCCAUCGAUUGCAUGACAGGCAUGGUCAUGCUACAUCAAGUUAGUUUUAUAUUUUACUUUUUAUUAUUAUUACUUUUAUAUUAUCAUACAUCUCAACACUACAGUACUUGAAACUAAUAAUUUAUCACCUACUUAAAUAUUGUUAGAACUAAACUAAAGUACAACUCUUUUUAUACAAAGGUUAGGAAGCUCAUCAUGUCAUUUUCACAUUAUUUUGUGAUACCACAGAUGAUGCAUAGUUCAUAAGGACACGAAAAGCUCUUGAAUUUUAGCUACCCUCUUAAAAGCUCUUGAAUCUAAGUUGAGUCAAUGGAAAAUCCUUGAACUUUAAAUCUUGUUUUGAAUAUCCUUUAAUCUUAAGAGUUUUCAUUGUUAGCAAAUUAAUUUCCUGUUGGAGAACAUCCAUAGGUAUUAAAAAUACCUUUAGCAUCAGUUUUUCAUGGGAUUACUGCAAACUGUAAACUGCAGUCUGCAGUCACCCAUUUGCAGUUCUUUAGGCAGACAUUCAUUGUUUAUCACCAGCUCUAACUUAGCACAUCAGAGGGUGGUGUAGAAAGCUGCUUUGUGCUUUUAAAUGUAAGGCUGAACAAUAAUAUUAUUGUUAGUGGCAAAAACAUUGCUGUAAGUCACCUACUGCUGUAAGCCUUUCCUGCCAUUCGAACUUGAACUGCAAACUGCAAACGCAACCAGAAGAUCGACCACUCAACUUUCUUAUAUUUGAGACCUGUUUGCAGUGUCCCAUGCAUGAAAAACCUGAUGCUAAAGAUCUUUAUUGAAAUUUUAAAUGCCAAUUUACAGUUAGUAUUGAAGUCAUUGUUCAAGGCAUACCAUUAUUAGUAAAAUUAAUCAGUGUUUGGGAGUUACACUGUACAUGUUCUUGAAUAAUAUGUAUCUUAUUGAUGUUUGAAAACUAGAAUCCACCAUUCGGGGAAAAGGCAAAGUCUGGUUUAAUCACAUGUUCUUGUUGGUAUUGAAGUUGUUGGCACUUUUGAUUAAUCAACUUUAUUUCAUUAUAUUAAGUCCAACAGAUUUUGCAACAUUUCUUUUGUGAAAAGUUACUGUUCCUGCGGCUUUGCUUCAGAAUGGCUAUAGAGAGCAUGGAAAAUGGUGAUUAUCUUCUAAAAUGUUUGCAGCUAGAAACUUUAUAUAAUGGAACUUCUUUUUAUGUCAGUCCCUUAGAUGUGUAGUGAAAUGUAUUCUCCCUUGUUGAUCGAGACGUUAUGUAAAAACCUGAGAGUUGUGACAUAUUUCCAUAAAAAGCGUACACUAUAUUCAAUCGGUCGGCUACGAAGUUUAGAAAAAAUGCCCCCCAAGUAUGCAGUUUUCUCAACAGUUUUGUCCAAGAUUGUAGCACUGUUAGUAUUAAUACAACCCCAUGACGUGACCAUUGUGUAUCAAGGGUGCAUCAUUAUUGCAUCAGAUUACUGCAUCUCAACUGACUGAAUGUUCCUUAGCAUGUACAGCACACCCAGUGGUUUGUGUUCUUGCAUAAUAGUCCUCCCUUAAAAAGAAUACCCCCUUACACUUCGUGAUGUGACUACCUAACCUGUUUUCCUUAGAAACUGGAAAAUAAGUUCAAAGAAGACUGGAAUUCUGGCUGGGCAGACUACGUGAAAUCGAGGAAAGAUAUGUGGAGCUGUCAGAGAAGUGUGUUGGUGGGUCGGUUGCUAAAGGGAAACGAGGAAAGAAAAGGCAGAAGGUGGACAAUGCUGAUCUUUCUCAGCUAUCUGAUUAUGCACCAGAAGUGUUCUACCAAUUUUUUUUAAAGGUAAUCAAAUAAUCAAGUCUUUUUUUACUUAAUUGGAAGACACACUGGACAGUUUUAUGAGAAGUAAGAUAUGGGGCAAAAUCCAGACGCAUUAAGUUAAAACUAGUCAAGCUGAUUUUGCUUUUUUGAACAAAAUUCUUAACUUUAACAAGUGGCAGUUACAAAACACAGGUCGCAAGGUAAGGUCACUGCGUGCUCUUAUAAAAAAACUGAGAUGGGCAGUUUCCCCUUAACUUAAAACACCUCAUUUCAGAUUGUAAUUUGGGCUUUUCGUAUAAUUAUUCAUUUUGAUUUCAGGUUUACUCUGACUGGAAAGACAUUUCUGAAGUUAUUAGAAGUAGUGUCUUCGAGGAAGAUUAG